AUGUGUCGCUUCGAAGUCCCAACUGCUCCUGAACUGGUUCAAGUUGCAGGAGCUGAGUCCGUUUUGUUAGCAUGUCAAGAAUGGGUGUUUCUAAGAGAUGUAGCGGAUAGUGUUGGACAUAGACAUAUAUUGGACCCUGACUGCGGAAAUGGAAACAGGCGUUGCUGCGAACGAUGAAUUGCAUUCCCAGUUAUGUCAGGGUGGUCGGUAUUGUGUUAGCUAGCCAGCAGAGUGCUACGGAACUCACUUGUUAGUAUGGAUAAUGGCUAGCUUGUAAUCAGGAGGUCGCGGCCACGCUUAGCUUUAACGUUAGCCAUCAUAUGCCAUCAUAUCCAGUUGUAAGCAUUAUAUAAAUUUUACUAGUCUAUUUACAUUGUUGUUCGUAAUAUCUGCGGUUACUAGCAUUCCGCCAUGGCCCGAAACACAAAGUAUAAUGUUAAUAGCAACGUAGCGGCUACCAUAACAAAUUAUAUUUGCUAACCAGUUUGCUUCAGUAACUUUGUGUCAUGCGUAACGUUGUCGUAAAGGCGCGUGAUGUAGAUCAUGCCUGUUUCAGAGUAGGCAUGUAAACCACAUGCAGCAUUUCUGUGCUAUCUGCCGUAGCCUAAUGGCUCCAUUUAUUGACAGUUUUAUUGGCCAAUAUUAUUUUAACUGCAAAAAGUAAAGUAGCAGGGAGUCGCAACCUAACUGACAUUAGCAACCAGAAGUGGGUGGAAUAGCUUUCUUCUUAUAGUGCCGUUAGCCUACGUGUGAAAUAUUUGUUCUACAAAAGCAGUGACAUUUUCGACCGAAGGACGAUUUUGUAGCCACCUAGGUAAUUGGCUCGGACCGACGACAGAACACUGCAACCGGAAAGAACUAGAGAAGUUUGAAUUCUGCAGAAUAGUUACUAUGUAGCUAAAGUUACAAAAGUGUCAAGGGACACGUAAUGAAUGGACAGUGUGUUGUGUUUUUUCAUUUACCGUAAUAUACAUCACGGAAUAGAAAGACGAUUUCAAACCAAAGUUCAGAACUCGCUCGUCAAGGUUACAAGAAAAUCCUGAAAAUUGACAUGCAUGUGACAUAUCCGGAAAAUUUAGCGAAGUUAAUUUACCUUGUGGCAAAUAAUCUGAAGUAAAAGUUACUGGAUAACUAUAUGCUAGCUAGCGAAGUAGUUGAUCUCGUUUUAUCGAUUUGCUUCUUAAUGACGUGUUACAGAUGCACACGUAGAACAAAGAUUAGGCUGAGCUUCGAAGCGGCUAACCGUGGCGAGAGGGCGUCUUUGGUUCCUGGCCGCCGAUAACCUUGCAAAUUAAAUGUAAAGAUGUCGAAAGGGAGAAGGUACAGGGCGGCUCCUGCCAACAACGGCGGGGGGCUUUCCGUCUGUGACCAGGUGUGGAAACCUCGGCCACGCGUGCUGUUGUGUUGCCUGUGUGUGGUCCUCUCCGUGACGCUGCUGUUGGGGAUUUACUUGUCCAACGACACGAUCGGUACAAACGUGCGUGUCCACUCUGCAGACCUUACAAAAGAAAAGUUGUCUCAUAAGCCCAGUAAGCUGUCCUCGGCGCAGGUGCGGCGGCUGGCAUCUCGGGUGGAUCGGGGGCGGCUGUGGGAGGCUCACCUGCGGCCCAUCCUGGUGGAGCGCUUGCCGGGCACGGCGGGCAGCCAGGCCGUGCGCCAGCACAUCUCCUCUCAGCUGGGUUCCCUGUCCGCCGGCUGGUCUGUGGAGGUGGACUCCUUCCCGUCGCCCACCCCUCGCGGUCAGGUGACCUUCUCCAACAUCCUGGCCGUGCUGGACCCCCAGGCCCCCCGCCGGCUGGUGCUGGCCUGCCACUAUGACUCCAAGUCCCUCCCGCCGCCCCCCGACGACCCGCAGCGGGUCUUUUUGGGGGCCAGUGACUCGGCUGUCCCCUGCGCCAUGAUGCUGGAGCUGGUCACCGCCCUGGACGUGCAGCUCAAAGCCCUCACACAGCAGAAGGCUCCAGUGACUCUCCAGCUGGUGUUUUUUGACGGUGAGGAGGCGUUUGAGGAGUGGACGGCCACAGACUCCCUGUACGGCUCUCGCCACCUGGCUGAGCUCAUGGCCCACACUCCCUACCCGCCUGGGUCCCCCCACAACACACUGCUGCAGGCUGUGGACCUCUUUGUUCUGCUGGACCUAAUCGGUGGUGUAGACCCGCUGUUUGUCAAUCACUUCGAUAACACCGCCCGCUGGUUCGACCGCCUCAUCGCCGCGGAAAAGAGACUGCACAAGCUGGGCCUGCUCUCCUCCCACCCCAGUGAGCAGAGCUACUUCAGGAAGGACUUUUACCUGGGCCCUGUUCAGGACGACCACAUGCCUUUCCUACAGAGGGGAGUCCCGGUGCUGCACAUCAUCACCACGCCCUUCCCCUCCUUCUGGCACACGCUGGACGACACCGAGGAGAACAUGCACCCCCCCACCGUGGAGAACCUCACCAAAAUCCUGGCUGUCUUCCUGGCCGAGUACCUGGGCCUGUGAGCACGCCGCACCUCGAAACCGCAGCCCCCCGCACCCCCGAACACAACAUUAACCGACCUCUCCUGUCUCGCCCGGCAGAACCGCAUACAACCGCGUAUGCUCACUCAACUCACCCCUCCCUGCUCACCGCACACCCAGCCACUGGUCACCUGAGAGAGCCACCCCCCACACCGAGUGGCCUGGGGUGUGGAACAUUGGGUUAUUGUAUAAAGGGGCACAGACGAGGAUUAUGGGCUGGAAACCGUCACGCCCAGUGUUGCCUGGCAACAGGAAAUGACCAGCACCCCUCCCCCUCCUCAAUACCACACAGUUGACGCUUACAUACGCCCUGGAGGCGUGGCACGUCUGCUGCAGACACCAGCAGCUCCAUACCCCCUCAGGACCUGGGAGGGGCCCCUCUGUGAAAACGAGAGAACUCGGAAACUCGCUGCCUUCUGAGCCGCCACCUGUUGUUUGUCUGUUACGGCGCUUAUCUUCUGUCACCGUGGAAACGUUCAAGGCUGCUGCCGUCUGUGUGUCAUGAUGCCAAUUGCCAGCCAAAUGCAUUUUAACCAGGACAGCCCCGGAGGUGUGAAGGAGAAACCAUAUCAAUGUUCCAAUUUCCCAUUGGUUAAUUGGAUCAAGAGUCUUAGAGACAUUGACCAGCAAGAUGCGUAUGUAUAUGAGAGUUAUGAUACCGGACUACGGUAAUCCAAAAGCGUUCUGUUUUCUUACGUCAUUACAGUGCAAUAGUUGACUGAGCCCAGAGCUUUAGCGGUACGCUAGGAACUGUUUGUCCUUUACAUGGACCCUCAGGAAUGGCCAUCAACUUGAAGCUUUCAAAAAGAAAUGUGAAUGUGUCCAUAUUUAAUCUUCAUUUACAAAAUCAGGAGGUAAUGAUAUUAAUGAAAACCAUUGCUACCUUGCCUAAAACCCUACACUGGUGGUUUGGGGUCUCCCACUAGUCAUUCCAAAACACAGUGAUGUCACAGAAGUAGUGAUGUCAUAGAGGUUUUUAUGUGUGGGGUUUUUUCAGCUUCAGAUGGUAGCUUAACUCUGCUAUAGUUGCUUUUUUGCCUUAGCUGUGUGUAGCAUGAGAAUUUGUUGAAGACUGCAGGUUGUUCCAGAAACCAUACUGACAAAUCUUGUGACAGCUUGGAAUUAUUGGCAUGUUGACACAGCCUCUUGCUCCACCCACUCACAUACACGCAUAGCUCAUGGUGUGGGGCAGCUUUUGCCACUUUAGCUAGCAUCUGUUAAUUCCACCUGUCAUUGCCUUAAAUGGUACCUUGGACUGUUUUCUGAAAUAAUGCUUAGUAAACAUUUACCUUGUAAAUGGUGGAUGAAUAUAAUUAGGUUAUUCUUAAUUUUUUUAAAAAACAAACAGUGUUCUGAAAACCGUUGCUAGGCAAUGUGUUCCAAUGGAUACGCCAAGCCAAAGGUCCUUGCAAAGCUGAUUUUCAGUGAUAGUGCAUUUGUCCUGGGUUUUAGUUUCUUUUACUGAUCCUUGGUACCUUUCAAGGGACAUGCAGCUGGCAGUGCAUGAAGGACUUUAAAUCCCAGUUUGUUAAACACACAGCAUAGGCUCCAGUGAAAUGAAUGGCUAUUGAAUGGAGCUGUAAAGGAUCCCAGGUCUGGGAGUAAAAUCCUGCUGCACUAUUUGCAAAUGGGGAAAGAUCCCCUGGAACAAGCACUAAGGAAUCCAGACCCCCUGGAACAUGCUCUAAGGAAUCUAGACAGCCUGGAACAUGCACUAAGGGAGCCAGACCCCCUGGAAUGUGCACUUAGGAGAGCUGCUUAGUCUUUGCUGAACUGCUUGCACCUCUGGCUGUGUUGGGUUUGGCCUGCUUUGCACCCAAGAUAGGCAAGCCCCAAAACUAGCCUCUGCCACAGCGCAGCAUUUAAUAAACUCGGCAGAAAGUGA